AUGUAUACUCGUAUGUAUAUGGUGAGUAGGGACGAAGGGAGAAAGCACAGGGCUCGGAGAGGAGAGUGUGAAAAAAAUGCAAGGGAAGAGAGGAGAGGCAGGGAGAGGCGGGCGGGGGGGAGGGACCGAGGAGGGAGGCAGGGACAGGACGCAGCAGGAGAGAGCAGCCAUGCCGAGCCGCGAAAACGCAACGCGCAACACGUCAACGCGCAACACGAACGCGUACAACACGCAAACGCGCAAGACCGACCAGGGGCACCGCCCAAAGCCCGACGGAAAGAACUCAAGCUCCAACAAAAAGAAUAA